GUUUUAUUGUCGAGUCAAAAUACCACAUCAAUUUUGUUUUCGUUUAUCUCGGUGUUGCUGCGAAUUCGAGCAUCGCAAGCUCAGAUUUGGUAGUGUUCGAGUGUAGAUCGAAGAUUCGCACCCACUUCGCUGCACCCGAAGCAGGCAACCAUGAGUCAGCACAAUGCCUACCCAAGGUUUAGCAUGGUUUUGAGCGUCCCUCCCCAACUAAAAGCAUGGUGGAUUGAUUUGGGAGAUUACGGACAGCGGGUUGUACGUGGAGCCUUGGGGCACUUACCGUCUUUGAUGGAUAUCCAACCCUGUAGAGACAUCAUCGAGGCGGCGACUGUGUUUUGGGAUGAGAAAAGGGCCGUGUUUAGAUUUGGCAACAUUGAGAUGGCUCCGUUGUUAGAGGAAAUAGGAGGCUGUAUAGAAAAUCUUUGCUUUAUUACAUAAGCAGAAGAAAUGGCAAAACUGUGGCAUGAUUAUUCCAAAAGAACCUUUACCAAAAGAAUUUGUUGACAGCUUCGGGUUCAGAAAAGGUAAGGGCGUCGAGUGUUUACAAAGGUCUAUGAUACCAUUUGAGUAUUUGUACCGUAGGUUUGGUUAUCAACGAAGUUUUACCGAUCAUCAAGACGAGUUCUUCUCCUACGGCUCUUGGAAACAAAAACGGUGCUUCGCUUUCGCAGUGUGUUUUUUGGGAACUAUGGUGUUUCCUAAAGGAACCACAAGAGACAUUCACACCCAUCUCAUUACUGUGACUAGAGCUCUAUUUGGUGGCAUCGACGGGAAACACUACACGGUGGUCCCUAUGGUUGUGGCAGAUAUCUACCGAGCAUUAGGGCAUUGCAAGCACGGGUAUAAGCAUUUUGAAGGAUGCAACUUGCUUUUACAGGUUUGGUUGAUGGAACAUCUUCAAAAGGUCGAUGGGGGUCUAGCACUCCGAAAGCCGACGGGUGAAAAUCACAUUCUGGGGCAUGUUCCAGGCGCUAUCUUGACGGGUAGAUCAUUUGAAAAGCCAAAUUGUGUGAAAGAGUGGGUAGAACUUCUCAGCCAUUUGAACGAUGAUUCAAUUCAAUGGAUGUUCAGUUGGUUUCCAUCCGAGGGUUUGAUGUUUCGUACGAAGAUCGUGCCAUUUUUGGUUCUGAUGGGACUUCGGGGCUUGCAACCUUACGCCCCACUGAGAAUUUUAAGGCAAUCUGGAAGAAAGCAAAAUAUACCUUUAGUGGCAGACAUGGAUCAUUAUCGAACUGACUACAAGGAAGGGAAAAUUCCUUUUGCAAAAGAGGUUACCCGCAUGUGGAAAUUGAGGGAAACUAUGAAAGCAGAUUCAAUCGAGCCAAAUAGAUACCAAGCGGGAUGCGAGGAUAACUAUCUGGAGUGGCUGACCGCUAACCUGGAAGGAUCAAUCAAACCUGGCAUUAGUCUGAGGGGGCGAAUUAAGGAUGGGGAAGCAGAAGCAUGCAUCUUACUCCGGCAAUUGCGUAAGAAAAGUCUUGUCUCUGAAAUCGAGCACCAUGCGCAGCUUAAGGAAAAGGAAAGGGAGGCAGAGAAUUGGAAGCAGCAGGCACUUAGUUACGAGCAAAACAUGCGAGAAUUGGAUGCACUCCUAGCUGAGCAAGGGGACACUUGCAUCAAAGAAGGCAUCAAAACGGGAGGAAUUCUAGCUAUGUCGUACCUUGCCCAGAAUCGCUGAAAGAUCGAUCAAUCAAUCCAGGCAACCAAGAGGCUCAGGAGCAACGAAGGGCCCUCCUCAUUUUAAUUAGCUUAUGAAAGUCAAGUAGUAAUUGUAAUAACUAUUUUUGUAUUGGGGUUUAAAAUUUCUAAACAUUGUAUGUUUUGGAGGCUUUCAAUUAAUAGCACAUUGGGAUGACACAUAAUUACAUUUUUUAUCCUUCAAAUCCACGUUAGGCCCACCUCUGGCACAAAAGAGGUCCAUGCAUAAUA